AGGGCAGAGAGAGACAGAGCCUUAACCAAAGCUCCCAGGCAACUUCCCCCUAGGGCAGGAGCCAAUUCUUGGAGGAGACUUGGGCAUAGGGCAUGGAUUGCUGGGGUGCCCUUUUCCUGUGCCUGUGCCUUCUGACUUUUCAGAACCUGAUGGCAGAGACAUCGCAAGAACUUCUGCAUUGGAUGAAGAAAAUGGAGGGGCACAGGGGCCGCAGAAUGCCUUCUCUUGCUCAGCAAGUCCACACACUGGAGCAGAUGCUGCUGAAUGUCAGCUUCCUGGGCUACAACCUGACCUUGCAGACAAGCACCAUCCAGUCUCUGGCCUUCAAUGUGGGCUGUGACUUUGCAGGUCUCUCAUUGAGCAGUGACACUCUGAAGCCGGUCCCUCAGGCCAGGGACCAACAUGCCAUGCAAUUCCCCGCCGAGCUGACCCAAGACGCCUGUAGGGCUCAACCUGGGAAUCUGCGGCUCAUCUGCAUCUACUUCUUCACAGCUUCCUUUUUCAAGGAUGACAACAACUCAUCUCUGCUUAAUAACUAUAUCCUGGGGGCCCAGCUGAGCCACGGACAUGUGAACAACCUCAGGGAUCCGGUCAACAUCAGCUUCUGGCACAACCAAAGCCUGGAAGGCUACACGUUGACCUGUGUCUUCUGGAAGGAGGGAGCCAGCGAGGAGCACUGGGGGUCGUGGAGCCCCGAGGGCUGUCACACAGAGCGGCCCUCACCUUCCCAGGUGCUGUGCCGCUGCAACCACCUCACCUACUUUGCGGUUCUCAUGCAAUUGUCCGCAGCCCCGGUCCCUGCAGAGUUGCUGGUGCCUCUCACGUACAUCUCCCUCGUGGGCUGCAGCAUCUCCAUUGUGGCCUCACUGCUAACUGUCCUGCUGCACUUCCAUGCCAGGAAGCAGAAUGACUCCAUAACACGCAUCCAUAUGAACCUGCACACCUCUGUGCUGCUCCUGAAUGUCGCCUUCCUCCUGAGCCCCACGCUGGCCGUGCCCCAUGUGUCCAGGUCGGCGUGCAUGGUGCUGGCUGCCACCCUCCACUACACGCUGCUCAGCUGUCUCACCUGGAUGGCUAUUGAAGGCUUCAACCUCUACCUUCUCCUCGGCCGCGUCUACAACAUCUACAUCCACCGAUAUGUGCUCAAGCUCUGUGCUCUGGGCUGGGGGCUCCCGGCCCUCCUGGUGCUGUUUCUCCUCGCUAUCAAGAGCUCAGUGUACGGACUCUACACCAUCCCUUUCUCCAACAGCCAGGAGAAUGUCACAGCCUUCCAGACUAUGUCCAUGUGCUGGGUGCGGAACCCUGUGGUGCAUAGCGUCCUGGUCAUGGGCUACGGUGGCCUCAUGUCCCUUUUCAACCUGGUGGUGCUGGCCUGGGCACUGUGGGUCCUGCGCCGGCUGCGGGCGCGGGCGGAAGGGCAGGGUGCACGGGCCUGUCGGGACACCAUUACUGUGCUGGGCCUCACCAUGUUGUUGGGGACCACCUGGACCUUGGCCUUCUUCUCCUUUGGUGUCUUCCUGCUGCCCCAGCUGUUUCUCUUCACCAUCUUCAACUCGCUCUAUGGUUUCUUCCUCUUCCUGUGGUUUUGCUGCCAGAGGUGCCACUCAGAGGCAGAGGCCCAAGCAGAGAUGGAGGCCUUCAGCUCUUCCCAGACAAUGCCAUAGUCUGGGCUUCCAGGCCUGGAGCCCUCAGCCUCUCUAGCUACCUCCAGACCAAGGCCCUGGCGCCCACUAAAGAAGGUGCCAGGCCUGUUUCUGUGUCCCCCUGGGAGCCUUUUCUACCUCCAUGGCCUCCUCAGGCACUGAGGGCAGAGCAUUGUUCUGCUGUCCCCUGACAUUCUGUCCCAUGCCAGGGCCAACCCCACCUGGGGGCAGCAAAAUUUGUCCUGGUGCCUGGGCCCAGCUGGCCAGGCAUGUGGUCAGAGCACUAACCUGGGCAUCAGGAGGCCGUGUUUCAAGGCCUGGCUCUGAGUCUCACUAUAGGACCUUGGGCUUAUCAUUUCUCACAGACCCUCAAUUUCCACAUAUGUGACAUGGGGUAAGUGCUCAGUCUUGCCUAACUCAGGAGCUUUGUAAAGAUUGAAUAAGAUCAGUGGGGACAGUGUCAGAGUGGAGUGAAAAUUCCACAACCUCCCCCUGCCUGUCCGGAGCAGGAUCUCAACUAGCCUGCCUCCAAAGCACCUGUUUGGCCCUGCUACCUUCCUCCUGGGAAGGGCCAGGAAGCAUCCCAGCUUAGGACCUCCAGCCCAAUGCUCAGAGACCCACCCAGUGUCUGAGAUCUUCCUAGCAUAUGCCUCAGGCCUCUUUUCCUUUAAUUCUUCAAAUUAUAAUGACUCCAAGUCCAAACCUGUCCUCCCAAAGAGGGGGAAAUCCAGCCUUUCUCAGAGGGUCUACACUCCAAUACCACUAUAACCCAGAGAUCAGGAAGUUCAGUUCUUUCCAGAGGCUCUUUCUGCAGUGUCCCUUAAUCCCCUGUAGGCCACUUAGACCAGUGGGUCAGAGGGGAAGGCCUCUUUCCCCUCCAGCUGAGCCAGUUGGGUCCCAGUGACAACUAUUUGAUGAUUGGGCAGGAUUUAAUCCCACCUGGUAGGCAUGAGCGUGGGGUUCUAAAUCCCAAGCUCAGACCACAAUUGCAGAGAAUAACCAUUGCCCCUAAGACCUGCCUGUCUGGCCAAGUGGGAGUAGUCAUGAAGCCAGUGCUUUUCCAAUGAUGAACAGCAGGAGGCGCUGUUGGCAUGUGCUAAGAGGCCAUCGGUUUCAAAACUGCUGCAGUCACCUGCGGACAUGACGCUCCAGCCAGAGAACCCCAUCCCUGCAGGACUGUGCCUGCUGAGUGACCAGCAGGAAGAGCGAGCCCCAUUCACACAGCCAUUUGUCUUUUUUUCCUAAUGCAGCUGUGUGCUGUCACUGUUAGGGGGCUCUGCCCCAGUGUGUCUGGCACCAGAGAGGCACAGGCCCCAAGACUCUCAAGGCCCUGCCCAGACCAGCAGACAAAUUUUAGGACCUUGAAUGCCACAGUGAAGGAAUUGGAGCAGGACUUCCCCCUGGAGAAAAGUUCUCCCAAAGGCAUCCUCUGCCCUUCUGAACAUACCUGGAUGCAAAUAUCUCUUCACCAGGUGCUGAGAGGCAGGUGCAGACUCUGGAGCCGGACUGCCUGGGCUCGCAAACCAGCUCUGCCACUUGCUAGGUGUGUGACUGUGGACAAGUCACUCAACCUCUGUGCCUUAGUUUUUCUAUCUGUAAAAUAGGAGCAAUAAUAGUACUUAUUUUGAAGAUUAAAUGAAAGAAUCCAUAUAAACAGGCUUGGCACAGGGUAAGUGCUCAAUAAGUGAUUAAAAUUGUUAUUGUUAGUAUUUUUGCUAUUAUUAUUAAGAAUGUCAACUGAGUCUCAGAGGACACCUGUCUGAGCUCCAGGCCCAGGGAUGUGCACCCUAACAGGACCAGCCUGUCCCUAGGGAUAUCUCAUCAAGCCUCAGUUUCUUUCCCCAGAGGGGCCUCUGCUCCAGCCUUGCUGGCUUUCUGCUAUUCUAGGGAUAUUCCCCACAUGGUGCAGCCUCCAGCCUGUUGCCACAUGUCCCCCACCUUCCAAUUCCCCUGUCUUCUGAUCUCCUGAAACUCCUGAUGGUCAUUUAUCCUGUCUUCUAUGAUAUCUCCCUACUCCCCCAUAGAGAAGGCCUCUUUCCCAUGCUGAGUGCAGACAGAGCCUCCCUACCCCGCAUCAGGGUGAGGGUGGGCACCCAUCUGAGUGGCCUUGGUUUAACCCAGUUCUGAGUUGCAUCUGGCUCUCUGGAUGUUGGGGUAGGUCCCCGAGUUAAUGAGGGUGCUGAGGAAUCUGGCAACCUUUAGCCUUUCUCGUGGGCAGCUCCAGGGAGAGUGACCUAGGCUCCCACUGUGGCUGGGUUUGCAAUCCAGUGAAGGAGAACCUUGCCUGGAAGCCCCCUAGGCCAGUCCCUCACCUCUUAGACCCCACCAAGCCCAGGGCUGCCUGAGGGAGGAUGUGGCCACUUGACAUGGGAUGAGUCUGGUGGUUCCAGGAAACAGCCCCAAGCUUGUGGCCCUGAGCCCCAUUGGGGUCGAGGCUCUGGGCAGGGACCACUUCCUGGAAAUGCCUUACCCGCAUUUAGGGGAGGGACUGAGGGAGACUGGGUCCCUCCCAGGUGCCUCCUGGCCCCUCCUGCUCUCCUCCCACUCCCAGUAGCUCCCAGCAGAGUCCCAGCUUACCUCAGAUGGGGCCCUGGGGUCAGCUCUUGGGGGCUUCCAUACCGGGGGGAGGAUGGAAUGGGGUGGAGUCUGGGAACUUUGGGCCAGGGCCAGGGCCUGUGAAAAGGCACUUGGCGAAGGGAUGACAAGUAGAUGCUAGAGGGGCCAUAGAUUAGGA